AUGUAUUCUCAAACCGCACCUCUCUUAAUAUUAGCUCUAUUCUUCGUUACGGUCUUUACGGCCCCUCUUAACAUCAAUAUGGGCAACUAUUCACCAGCAAUGGUGGUCGGUGAUGGAGCGAUCGCAUUCCAUGAUACAGACGGGGCAGCAAAUCUAAUGGCCUCGCUCCAAGGUGCUGAUGUCGAGGACGAUGAUAAUGCCGGUGCGCCACAAUUCCAGCCCGUACAAGCAGGAGUUGAAGGAAUUGGUCGCAAGGCGAUUCUCUCAUCUGUAAGUUUUGACUUAGAUUUCCUCUUUUGGCAAAAACGAGUUACUAACCUACGUAUAGUCAUAAAAUGCAGCCAGCAGCAACUUGUCCAAGCGACGUCGAAAUGA